CUCUCCUAUCCCAUCCUGCUCUGCGGCGCGGGGGCAAGAUGGCUGCUGAGAAGCAGGUCCCUGGCGGCGGCGGCGGCAGCAACAGCAGCAGCAGUGGUAGUGGCAGCGGCGGUGGACGUGGUGCCGGAGGGGAAGAAAAUAAAGAAAACGAACGUCCUUCUGCCGGAUCGAAGGCAAACAAAGAAUUUGGGGAUAGCCUGAGUUUGGAGAUUCUUCAGAUUAUUAAGGAAUCCCAGCAGCAGCAUGGUUUACGGCAUGGAGAUUUUCAGAGGUACAGGGGCUACUGUUCCCGUAGACAAAGACGUCUUCGAAAAACACUCAACUUCAAGAUGGGGAACAGACACAAAUUCACAGGGAAGAAAGUGACCGAAGAUCUUCUAACUGAUAAUAGAUACUUGCUUCUGGUUCUGAUGGAUGCUGAAAGAGCCUGGAGCUACGCAAUGCAACUCAAACAGGAAGCCAACACUGAACCCCGAAAACGGUUUCACUUGUUAUCUCGCCUACGCAAAGCUGUGAAGCAUGCAGAGGAAUUGGAACGCCUGUGUGAGAGCAAUCGUGUGGAUGCCAAGACCAAGUUAGAGGCUCAGGCUUACACAGCUUACCUCUCAGGAAUGCUGCGUUUUGAACAUCAAGAAUGGAAAGCCGCCAUUGAGGCUUUUAACAAAUGCAAAACUAUCUAUGAGAAGCUGGCCAGUGCUUUCACAGAGGAGCAGGCUGUGCUGUAUAACCAACGUGUGGAAGAGAUUUCACCUAACAUCCGCUAUUGUGCAUAUAAUAUUGGGGACCAGUCAGCCAUCAAUGAACUCAUGCAGAUGAGAUUGAGGUCUGGGGGCACUGAGGGUCUCUUGGCUGAAAAAUUGGAGGCUUUGAUCACUCAGACCCGAGCCAAACAGGCAGCUACCAUGAGUGAAGUGGAGUGGAGAGGGAGAACAGUUCCAGUGAAGAUCGACAAAGUGCGGAUUUUCUUACUGGGAUUGGCUGAUAAUGAAGCAGCUAUUGUCCAGGCUGAAAGUGAAGAAACCAAGGAGCGCCUGUUUGAAUCCAUGCUCAGCGAGUGUCGGGACGCCAUCCAGGUGGUUCGGGAGGAGCUCAAGCCAGAUCAGAAACAGAGAGAUUACAUCCUUGAUGGAGAGUCAGGGAAGGUGUCUAAUCUUCAGUACUUGCACAGCUACCUGACUUACAUCAAGCUGUCAACGGCAAUCAAGCGUAAUGAGAACAUGGCCAAAGGUCUGCAGAGGGCUCUGCUGCAGCAGCAGCCAGAGGAUGACAGCAAGCGCUCCCCCCGGCCCCAGGACCUGAUACGGCUCUACGACAUCAUCCUACAGAAUCUGGUGGAAUUGCUCCAGCUUCCUGGUUUAGAGGAGGACAAAGCCUUCCAGAAAGAGAUAGGCCUCAAGACUCUGGUAUUUAAAGCUUACAGGUGUUUUUUCAUUGCUCAGUCCUAUGUGCUGGUGAAGAAGUGGAGCGAAGCCCUUGUCCUGUACGAUAGAGUCCUGAAAUAUGCAAAUGAAGUAAAUUCUGAUGCUGGCGCCUUCAAGAACAGCCUAAAGGACCUGCCUGACGUGCAAGAGCUCAUCACUCAAGUGCGGUCGGAGAAGUGCUCCCUGCAGGCCGCAGCCAUCCUUGAUGCAGAUGACUCUCAUCAAACAGAGACCUCCUUCCAAGUCAAGGACAAUAAGCCUCUGGUUGAACGGUUUGAGACAUUCUGCUUGGACCCUUCCCUGGUCACCAAGCAAGCCAACCUUGUGCACUUCCCACCAGGCUUCCAGCCCAUCCCUUGCAAGCCUUUGUUUUUUGACCUGGCCCUCAACCAUGUGGCUUUCCCACCCCUUGAGGACAAGUUGGAACAGAAGACCAAGAGUGGCCUCACUGGAUACAUCAAGGGCAUCUUUGGGUUCAGAAGCUAACCAGGCUCUUCCUCAGGGGCGGGGGAGAUUCUGACUCUUUGUCUGUAUUGUGAGAAAAUCCCAGCAAGUUCCAUGAUAUUAAAUCCAGGUCUGCAUUGGCCCAGGGCAGAAGUUUACACCUUUGGCCCUGCAUUCCUACAUCUUGUGUUUGUACACUUACAUUGUUGUUUUUUUUUUUUUUUUUUUUUUUUUUGAGAUGGAGUUUCGCUCUUGUUACCCAGGCUGGAGUGCAAUGGAGCGAUCUCAGCUCACUGCAACCUCCGCCUCCUGGGUUCAGGCAAUUCUCCUGCCUCAGCCUCCUGAGUAGCUGGGAUUACAGGCAUGCGCCACCGUGCCCAGCUAAUUUUUUGUAUUUUUAGUAGAGAUGGGGUUUCACCAUGUUGACCGGGAUGGUCUUGAUCUCGUGACCUCAUGAUCCACCCGCCUCGGCCUCCCAAAGUGCUGGGAUUACAGGCUUGAGCCACCGUGCCCGGCCACCACUUACAUUCUUAACCAAUAUGUUAGGAGAGCACCCUGUCAUCUUCUGGUAGAUGUGUGCAGGGUCACCCUGUCUUCUGUACCUCCUGGGAGAGGGGCCGCUGCUGUCUGGUGCCCUGUUUGGUCGGUAAUGCGUUCAGGAGUCCACGCCAGGCACAGCUGGGGCCUUGAAACGCUUGUCGUGCUUCUUCAGUACCAUGGAUUUGAAAUGAACUCAUCCUGGCUGUGAGCAUCCAGGAUCCCUUGAAAAGUUUAUCUAUGACUUUGAAACUGGCAACGUCACCCCAGAAUUACAGUCAGCCUUAUUCCCCUUCACCUCCCAGUGAACGCUAAGAAGUUUCAGAACAAGCAGAGAGCUCUAUUUUUAGAAGAAAUGUGUUACAUUCAGAAAUGAUGAAACCAAAUCUUAUAUUAAAAGGCAAAGAUGA